AAAAUAAAGAUUCGACCACAAAAUCAAAAUUACGAUUAUAGUUAAUAAACUCCAUAUUGAUCGUAUAAAAGCCCGUACGCGAUUCUUAUUGACCAGGCUAUGACCAGGCAGCUUCCCUCCAAGAUUUGCUUCUCAUUGACCUUCCAAACCACCACCAGAUCAGCGGCUGAACACGCCGCCCCAUGGAACGCCAAACUACAAGAGCUUUCCAAACAAGGGAAAUUCGAAGAUGGCCUGACGCUUUACCGCCGAAUGCUCCGCUCCAAUGCCUCCCCAAACGCUUUCACUUUCCCUUUCGUCCUCAAGUCCUCCGCCACCCUUUCAAUUACUCUCUCCGGAGAACUACUCCAUUGCCACGUAAUUAAGUCCGGGUGUGAAUCUGAGCCGUUUGUACAGACAGCGUUGAUCUCUAUGUACUGUAAGUGCGGGCUAGUAGAAAACGCCUCUCAGGUGUUCGACCAAAACCCGCAGUCAAGAAAGCUCACAGUUUGUUACAAUGCAUUGAUAUCAGGGUAUAUUACCAACUCCAAUUUCAGGAAGGGAUGCCUGUUGUUUCGUGAAAUGAGGUCAAACGGGGUAGUGUUUAGUGCGGUUACCAUGCUGGGUCUGGUUUCAGGCUGCACUGCUCCCAUGCUAUUGGGUGUUGGGAUGUCUUUUCAUAGCCUGAAUAUGAAAUGCGGCUUGGAAACAGAUUUGGCUAUUAUAAACUGUUUAUUGACAAUGUACCUAAGGUGUGGGUCUAUUGAACUUGCAAGGGAUCUGUUCAAUCACACCCCAAGAAAGGGAUUGAUCACUUGGAAUGCUAUGAUCACGGGGUAUGCCCAAUACGGGCUUGCCGAACUAGUCUUGGACCUGUACUGCAAAAUGGACUUGUCAGGCAUCCAACCUGACCCAGUGACCUUUGUUGCAGUUCUAUCCUCCUGUGCCAACCUCGGUGCUAAGAAAACCGGUUUUGAAGUGGAAAAGAGAAUCGAGUCUCAUGGGUCAAUGAUGUUAAAUAUUUUCUUGAGGAACGCUCUCAUCAAUAUGUACUCGAGGUGUGGUGACUUGGGGAGAGCUCGUGCUAUAUUCGAUGACAUGCCGGAGAAAAACAUAGUGACGUGGACCGCUAUGAUUGGCGGGUACGGAAUGCAUGGAUUAGGAGAGACUGCCAAGGAGCUGUUUGACGAGAUGAUAAAAUCGGGCAUCCAACCCGAUCGGACUGCUUUUGUCAGCAUCUUGUCCGCGUGUAGUCACGCUGGAUUGACCAAACAAGGAUUGAAGUAUCUCUCUAUGAUGGAAACAGAUUUCGGGUUGACACCGGGUGCAGAGCAUUAUUCAUGCAUUGUUGAUCUAUUAGGCCGGGCAGGUCGCGUGCAAGAAGCCUACAAACUGAUAGGUGAUAUGAGAGUGAAACCGGAUGGUGCCGUUUGGGGGGCUCUGCUGGGAGCUUGUAAGAUUCACAAAAACAGGAAGCUAGCCGAGUUAGCGUUUAACCGUGUUAUUGAGACAGAACCCAUGAACAUAGGAUAUUAUGUACUAUUGUCAAACAUCUACACAGAAGGGAAGGACUGGGAAGGGGUGCGAAGAGUGAGAGUGAUGAUGAGAGAGAGGGGGCUAAAGAAGGAUGCGGGGUACAGCUAUGUUGAGAUCGAAGGGAGGAUUCAUGUGUUUGUUGCUGGAGAUAGAAGUCACCCUCAACUGAAAGAGAUACACAAUGUGUUGGGCAGGCUAGAAGAGAGAUUCGGGGAGGAUGGAAGAAGCAAGGCGCCAGAGAGGCUGCACAGUGAAAGACUGGCAAUUGGAUUCGCGCUCUUGAACACACGUAUAGGAGCUGACAUAACGGUCAUUAAGAAUUUGAGAAUAUGUGGAGAUUGCCAUAUGUUUUUUAGGCAGGUUGCUAGAGUCUUGGUGGACCGUUUGUUCGUUGUGAGAGAUGCAACUCGGUUCCACCAUUUUAGAAAUGGGUCCUGUUCUUGUAAUGAAUAUUGGUGAUAAGGUCUAAAACGUUGAGUGGAUGAUGCAACCAUACAUGGUUCAACUUCGGAUCGUGUGAGAAGAUUUAUAUAGCAAUAAAUCUAUAAUGGGGUCUCAUUACAAUCUUAAAUUUCUUGGGAUUUCUAUUUCAUAUUUUCCGCGAAACCCUAUGUAUUUCGAUUUCAAUGAUCUCUCAUUGUCAUACUCCCGCGCAAAUCGAUGUCAUCUUCCUUUUCC